AUGAUUUCAUUUGAUGUGAUUAACUUAUAUACUAGUAUACCUUUUAAUUAUGGGCUAGAGGCAGUUCAGUUCUGGCUGGACCAAUAUCCGGAAGAAAUACCGGAAAGGAUCAGCAAAGAAUUCAUAAUUGAAUCGGUUGAAUUCAUCCUACGAAAUAACCAUUUCAUGUUUGAUAAAAAAUUUUAUCGAGAGAAAUCCGGAAUUGCCAUGGGCACUAGGACAGCCCCGGUUAUUGCGAACCUAACAAUGGGCUAUCUGGAAAUAAUAAUAUACCAGGAACCUUUAUCUAGCUUUGAAAACCCUCUUUCCUCAUACAUAAAAGAGAAUUGGAAAAGAUUCCUGGACGACUGUUUCAUUCUCUGGGAUGAAAACACAGACAAACCUCUGGAAUUCAGAAGAAUAUUAAACACCGUCAACCCAAAAAUACAGUUCACAAUGGAAUACAACCAAAAGGAGCUCCCAUUCUUGAAUAUACUAGUAAAAAAAUAUUAA